UGGCAACUGAAAGAGAGUCCACACACACACACUUGAAAAAGAGAGAGAGAGAUCCUCUUCGGUAUCAUCGCCAUCGCCGUUUGGUACCAUUCUCAUUCGCAUUUGGUAUCUCCGCCCCCACCACUUCUCUCUUUCUAAUUUAUACCCACUUUCUCUUCCAUACCCUUUUUCCAUUUCUCAUUCUCUCUCUCUCGCCAACAUAUAUACAUAUAAAGAGGCACAGAGGAUUUGAUGGCCGCGUUGUUGCAAUCAUUUGGAGUGGCUUCAGCCUCAGUUGCCUCCUCAGAUCACUCCAUCAAGUUACCUGCCUUCUCGGUUCACUCUCUUCCAGUCAUCAGAUCUGAAGCAAGGUUGAUUUCGAGUCCGAUUCUUGGAACCCGCAAGACAGGAAAGGUGACUACCAGAGCGGUUGCGGCAAAAGCUGAAAAUCCCGCCUCAGCUGCUUCCAAACCUGGCCAUGAGCUCUUGCUGUUUGAAGCCCUUAGAGAAGGACUGGAGGAAGAAAUGGACAGAGAUCCUCGAGUCUGUGUCAUGGGUGAAGAUGUGGGCCAUUACGGAGGGUCGUACAAGGUUACCAAGGGUCUUGCUGAGAAAUAUGGAGAUCUGAGGGUGCUCGAUACACCCAUAGCUGAAAAUUCUUUUACAGGUAUGGCUAUUGGAGCUGCCAUGACAGGUCUAAGACCAAUUGUCGAGGGCAUGAACAUGGGAUUUCUUCUAUUGGCCUUCAACCAAAUCUCCGACAACUGUGGCAUGCUACACUACACUUCUGGUGGGCAGUUCACUAUUCCAACUGUGAUCCGAGGACCCGGCGGGGUUGGACGCCAACUUGGAGCUGAGCAUUCGCAGAGGCUGGAGUCUUAUUUUCAGUCAAUUCCUGGAAUACAGAUGGUUGCUUGUUCAACCCCAUACAAUGCCAAGGGUCUAAUGAAAGCUGCCAUCCGUAGUGAAAAUCCAGUAGUUCUUUUUGAACACGUACUCCUUUACAACCUCAAGGAGAGGAUUCCAGAUGAGGAGUACGUAUUAUCAUUGGAGGAAGCAGAGAUGGUGAGGCCUGGUGAACAUGUUACGAUUUUAACAUACUCCAGGAUGAGAUACCAUGUCAUGCAAGCCGCCAAGACUCUUGUCAACAAAGGUUAUGAUCCUGAAGUGAUUGAUAUUAGGUCCUUGAAACCUUUUGAUCUUUACACCAUUGGGAAUUCCGUGAAGAAAACCCACCGGGUGCUUAUUGUUGAGGAGUGCAUGAGAACAGGUGGUAUUGGAGCCAGUCUUACGGCUGCCAUUAAUGAGAACUUCCAUGAUUUCUUGGAUGCACCAAUUGUUUGCCUUUCCUCGCAGGAUGUGCCGACUCCUUAUGCCGGGACAUUGGAGGAAUGGACUGUUGUUCAACCUGCACAGAUUGUAGCUGCGGUUGAGCAGCUCUGUCAGUAACUUCGUGGCGGAGCCAUUCUUGAGCCUCUUUUUUGCCAUUGUUUCACCUUCAUUCGGCAAAUCAUGUUGUGUUUGUGCUUAUCAGUCUUUUGGAGCCUAAGCCUUUACUGAUUUUGUUAUUGUAGUUCAGUUAAUUGAAGGAUUAUGCUCAUGAACUUGUCAUGUACGCUGAGCUUCAUAUAAAGAUUAUAAUGGCUUUUGUGCUUUGGAAUGAA